UGACCGUCCGCUGUAGUCGCGGCUUGUGGAUAGUGAGAUACAAAAGAUCGAUCAAUACGUGAUAUUAAAAUAUUUUAGUAAUAGCUUAUAUUACUCGGAACAAUGUCGCGUUUUUUUUACGCAACAUUUUACAUCCUAUACUUGUCAUAUUGUAUUAAAGCGAUAGACAUAUACGACGAUGAAGGUUUCGCUUUUGUAGAAAAUGAACCGAACAAUAUAGUUGAUAGCAAAAACAAUGCCAAAGCUGAAAGUUUAAGAAAUGCACGUAUACUUUGGCCAGUUCCUUUAAACAACCGAAGCGAUUCCAUAAAGGAUAAUGACAAAUAUGUCACAAACGAAAAUGAACCUCAUUUAUCCAAACUCAAGAGUCAAAACAGGAAAGCGCGCUUCGGUUACGGGCCCUACCUCCACAGUCCCAUACUUGAAAUGGUGAUGCAAACAAUGGGUAUGAGUUACCCCCCCACAUCAGGAGUCGAUCCAUUCAACUUUUUAAGAGAUACAUAUGCAUUACCUAAAGGCUAUGAAAAACCUCUAGAGGAAUAUGACUACAUCAUUGUGGGUGCUGGUACAGCUGGAUCUGUGAUAGCGGCUCGGCUCACUGAAGACAAACCUAGGGCUACAGUUUUGGUCAUAGAAGCGGGGAAACCAGAAAUGGUGCUAUCUGAUAUCCCGGCGCUUGUCAAUCAUAUUCAGAGGUCGGAUUAUGUUUGGCCGUAUACAAUGGAACAUCAGCCUGGUGUUUGUUUCGGAAGCGAGGAAGAACGUUGUUACAUUCCGCGAGGUAAAGCUGUCGGCGGUUCCAGUGUCACGAACAGUAUGAUCUAUGCAAGAGGACGACCAUACGAUUGGGAUAGAAUUGCAGCUGCAGGAAAUUACGGAUGGUCAUACAAUGAAAUUUUACCUUAUUAUAUGAAGUCUGAAAAAUCUGAAUUAAAGAAAUACAAAACCAAACCAUAUCACGGUCGGGAUGGGGAACUUACCGUUGAGAAUGUCCCAUUUAAAACUGGUCUCGUGGAAGCUUUUCUUGCAGCUGGAAGAUCGUUCGGGCAUCCUACAAUAGAUUACAAUGAUCCCGAUCAAUUAGGAUUCGGCUAUGUGCAGACCAUUUCAAACAAAGGCCAUCGGCUAAGUACCGCAAAGGCAUUUCUUCACCCGCAUAAACGCCGCAGAAAUUUACACAUUUUAUCAGAGGCCAAGGCUACCAAAAUUUUAAUUGAUCCAGAAACGAAAAGAGCAUAUGCAGUUGAAUACAGUCAUAACUACGUCAAGCAUGUAGUACGGUGCAGGAGGGAAAUUAUUUUAUCGGCUGGUCCAAUAGCCUCUCCUCAAUUGCUGAUGUUAUCUGGAAUCGGCCCAAAAGAAAAUUUGCAAAUGCUCGGGAUACCAACAAUUGUAGAUUUGAAAGUUGGUAGAAGUCUAUAUGAUCAAAUCAGUUUCCCUGGUAUCAUUUUUAAAUUGAAUACCACUAACGCUAGUCUUUUAGAACAUAAAGUUGCUACGUUGCCAAACUUUAUGCAGUGGCUACAAUUCGGUGAUGGCCUCUUAACAACCCCGGGUGGAGUAGAAGCUGUUGGAUAUUUGAAAACCAGUUUUACUGAUGAACCGGAUUCAGUACCAGAUAUUGAAUUAAUAAGUAUGGGAGGCUCAAUUACUUCGGAUUCUGGAACCACACUUAGAAGAAGUUGGAAAAUAUCAGAUAGGACAUACUUCAAAGCAUUCGGGGCUCUUAAAGAUGUUGACACAUGGCAAGCUAUACCCACGCUAUUAAAACCAAGAUCGAAAGGUUAUUUGGAGCUUCGAGAUACAAAUCCUUUUUCUCAUCCGAAAUUGUUCGGUAAUUAUUUAACUGACCCAAGAGAUAUAGCUGCAAUUAAAGAAGCCGUUAAGUUCAUUAUUGGACUAGGAGAAUCUGAUUCAUUUAGAAAAUAUAAUGCUUCGUUAUAUCUACCAACAUAUCCUUCGUGUUCAUCGUAUCCUUUAGGAUCUGAACUUUACUGGGAAUGUGCGAUUAAAACUAUGGUCGUAUCUCUUCACAAUCCAAUAUCUACUUGUAAAAUGGGACCCUCCACUGAUCUCGAUGCUGUAGUUGAUCCUGAGCUAAGAGUAUAUGGUGUAGAAGGUUUAAGGGUUGCUGAUGGCAGUGUAUUACCACAACCGAUAAGUGCACGAACAAAUGUCGCAGAAAUUGUAAUUGGUGAAAAAGUUGCAGAUAUUAUAAAGAAGACUUGGUCAAAUGUGAUAGCUUAAUAUUUAAAUAAUAAUAAA